AUGACAGAUAGAGUGUACCCAUCAGCCAAGCCGACGGCCAACGGCGGUGGCGCCGCCCCCGCCCCUGCCUCCGUCGUAAACGGUGGCUCGAACCCAAACAAAGCUCAAUUACACAACGCCAACCGUCCCAUGUACCGCCCUCAACCACCUCCACGGCGUCGCCACCGCCGUAGCUGCUGCUGUUACAUCUGUUUUUGCACCACCCUCCUAAUUCUAUUCCUCCUCCUACUUGCCGCCAUCGCCGGCACCGUUUUUUGGGUCCUCUACCGCCCACACCGCCCCUCCUUCUCAGUUUCGACCCUCCACCUCUCGAAAUUCAACAUCACGGACACGGCCGUCACCUCCACCUUCAACCUCACUCUCACUGCACGUAAUCCUAACAAGAAAAUCGUCUUCCUCUACGACCCCAUCUCCGUGAAAAUAUUUUCUGGCGACAUCACCGUUGGCGAUGGAUCUUUACCGGGCUUUACUCAAGCUACCAAAAAUAUUACCACCGUUAAAACUGUACUUUCAAGCUCAUCCCCAUUUCCCGAUGGCACCGACAUUUCUCCAUUGAAAUCGAGCUUCAAGAACAAGAAUUUGCCACUCAAAAUCACGCUCGAUACCAAAGUGAAGGUCAAAAUCGGAAAAUUGAAAACGAAGAAGCUCAGAAUUAGGGUCGAUUGUGAUGGGAUUAAAAUUUCAGUGCCCACCGGAAAAUCUCCAACGACUGCAAAUACUAUGGAUGUGAAGUGCAAGGUUGAUCCAAGAUUCAAGAUCAUCAAAUGGACUGUUUAA